CCACCUCUGCUGCUCCACUGCCUCGGUCCGGGAAGUCAGCCCCGCAGAGACGUUGUAGUAAAAAGCGCUCCUGCUCCUCCAUCGGCUGAUUGUCGCUGAGACCCGGGCGGGGGGGAACAGAGAGACCAAGACCCAGCGAGGGGAGUCGCGCGCGCCGCCGGUGACCAUGCCCAAGUCAAAGAAGCGGGGGAGCAACCACCAGCGCGGAGCAGGUGGUCAGCACAGAAAUGUGCAGCCUUUCAGUGAUGAGGAUGCAUCAAUUGAGACUAUGAGCCACUGCAGUGGCUUCAGUGAUCCUGCUAGCUUCACUGAAGAAGGUACAGGACCUGAAGUUGAUGAAGAAGCAACUCAAGAAGACUUUGAGUACAAGUUAAAGGGAUUCAUUGAUCUUACCUUGGACAAGAGUGCAAAGACAAGACAAGCAGCUCUUGAAGGUCUUAAAAAUGCUCUGACUUCUAAAAUACUGUAUGAAUUUAUCUUGGAAAGGAGAAUGACUUUAACCGAUAGCAUUGAACGUUGCAUAAAGAAAGGUAAGAGUGAUGAACAGUCUGCAGCAGCAGGGCUGGCAUGUCUUCUCUGUGUGCAGUUAGGAUCAGGAAUUGAAAGUGAAGAAGUCCUUAAGACCCUUGGACCAGUUCUGAAGAAGAUAAUCUGUGAUGGAACAGCUAGUAUCCAGGCUAGACAGGCUUGUGCGACCUGCUUAGGAGUUUGCUGUUUCAUAGUCACUGAUGAUAUUACUGAACUGUAUUCAACUAUGGAGUGUUUGGAAAAUAUCUUCACUAAAUCCUAUCCAAGGGAGAGAGAAACUAAUGGCAUCUCUAGCACCCACAAUACAGUGCUUCACAUCAGAGCACUUUUAGCAUGGACUCUGUUGUUGACCAUCUGCCCAAUGAGUGAAGUGAAGAAAAAACUUGAAAUGCAUUUACCUAAACUUCCAAACUUGUUAUCUUGUGAUGAUGUCAACAUGAGAAUUGCUGUUGGAGAAACACUAGCUCUUCUGUUUGAGCUAGCACGAGAAACAGACACUGAUUUCUUUUAUGAAGACAUGGAACUCUUAACACAGAAACUAAGAGCCCUCGCUACAGAUGGAAACAAGCACCGUGCCAAAGUAGACAAAAGAAAGCAGCGAUCUGUCUUCAGAGAUGUCUUGCGAGCUGUAGAGGAGCGAGACUUCCCUACAGAAACUGUCAAGUUUGGACCUGAGCGUAUGUAUAUUGACUGCUGGGUUAAGAAACAAACAUAUGACACCUUCAAAGAGAUUCUGGGAUCAGGGAUGCAGUAUCAUUUGCAGUCCAAUGAGUUUCUUCGGAAUGUGUUUGAACUUGGACCACCAGUAAUGCUUGAUGCUGCAACUCUUAAGACAAUGAAGAUAUCCCGUUUUGAAAGGCAUUUGUACAACUCCGCAGCAUUCAAGGCACGAACAAAAGCUAGAAGUAAAUGUCGUGAUAAAAGAACAGAUGUGGGUGAAUUUUUCUAGAUCUUCCAUCUGGGAUCCAAUGUUGAAGACUUUCAUAAUUUUCUAUAAAUGUAAUUGAAACUUUGAAAUCUGAGAUUUAACUUAUAUAUCCACAUAGCUUAGACUUUAUUACACAGGGAUAUAUAUCCAAUGUAUAGUAUAGUAUCUGUAAUUGUGAUGAAUGUUAGAAUUGCUUUAGUUGUGUAUAAACCAUGUGUGUAUAUAGCAUCAGUUCACCUAAAAUUGUGUGGAAAUGUACCUUAACACUUGUGCUGGAUCAAACUUACUCAUGAAUUUGAAUAUACUAACACUUACUAGUUAGCUGGUGCUGAAAACUGUAUAUGUUGAACUGCCAUAACUGUCUGAUAUUGCUUAUUUUGAAUUAAUACAAUGAUGAAAUUACAUAGAACAAGUAAAGGGACAAACUUGCCUCUGGAACUGCUAUUUCUUUGCCCAAUUAUACCUUGUAAUUUUAAUACUUUUUUUAGACUGGCUGAUGGACUAACAAAUUGCACAAUAUAUGACUUUACUAUAUUAAACCAGUGCUAUAAAAUCCUGCUGUGGGCACUUGAAGUUGUAAACCGCUCAAGUAUACCAGACUACGUUGAAAUUUAGAGUGGUGACACAUUUUGCAUAUCUUUGUAUAAGACUGUUCCAUCAUUGGAAUAAAAAUUUCUCUGAAGUGUUUUCAAA